CGUGGUUCUAACAUUUGUACAACAAAGCAGUAUCAAUUACGUAAAUCGUAGUAUUUGACAUACUUAAAAAGUCAUAAAAUGACAGUUACGCCAUUGCCAGAAAUUUGAAUAAAUAAAAACAUUAGUAAAUGUGAUGAUUUGUGUGAAAACUUUUAUGCUUUUCAUUAGUUAAAAAUAUUUUUUUAUGAUUGGAAACAAUAUGCCAGCAUCUAUUGGAGUGAACCUGCGUGUGACAGGCCAUUGUCGCCAAGGUGGUAGAAAAUACAUGGAAGAUUUCUUUUCAGUUGCAUAUCAACAAACUGAAGAUGAAAAAGACCUGGAAUAUGCAUUUUUUGGUAUUUACGAUGGCCACGGUGGAGCCGAGGCUGCAGCAUUUGCUAAAGAACACCUUAUGGAAACUAUUAUUAAACAUAAAAACUUUUGGUCUGACGAUGACGAAGAUGUACUAAAGGCUAUCAAAGAUGGUUAUAUGGCUACACAUUACGCUAUGUGGCGAGUCCAAGAAAAAUGGCCUAAAACUGCAUCAGGUCUCCCAAGUACAGCUGGAACAACAGCCAGUGUAGCAUUUAUCAGACGAGGAAAAAUUUACAUUGGCCAUGUAGGGGAUUCUGGAAUAAUAUUAGGUUAUCAAGAACCUGGUUGUUCAGAAUGGAAAGCAAAACCCCUCACAUUGGAUCAUAAACCUGAAAAUACAGAUGAAAUGAACCGCAUUAAAAGUUGUGGUGGAAAAGUAAUCUCUAAAUCAGGAGUGCCUCGUGUAGUGUGGAAUAGACCGAAAAUAGGCCACCAAGGUCCUGUACGUCGUUCGACACCCAUUGAUGAAAUCCCUUUCCUGGCAGUGGCACGAAGCCUUGGUGAUCUUUGGUCUUACAACUAUCAAAGCAAUAGAUUCAUAGUGUCGCCAGAUCCAGACUGUUCUGUUAUUAAAAUCGAUACUAAUACACAUCGUUGUCUCAUUUUUGGUACUGAUGGACUCUAUAAUAUGCUCAGUCCUUCCAUGGCAGUUCAUAUAGUUCAACAAGUAGAGAGGCAUAACGAAAAUGCUGCUCUAAGUGAUUCAACUUACAAAACAUGGCUCAAUCCAAGCAAACUUUUAGUGGAAAAGGCAUUAGAGAGAUGGUAUUCAACAAAAAUGAGAGCUGACAAUACCUCAGUCGUCACAUUGAUGUUAGACCCACCUGGACCUCCAAGAGCACAAGUUCUGAAAGACAGGAAAAAGAACUUACCAGAAAGGGGUUUAAAAAUAAUGACUAGAUUUGAUAGUGAUCCAUCUCAGGACUCAACCACGUCUAGUGAUUGUGAUGAAAGUCCAGUAGAACACCUUAUUGAUGCAGUUCCACCCCAAACCAUUUUAGAAACUGUUCCUGAACCAACCCCAGUUCUUACAAUUCCUCUUUCCGACUAUAAUGGUAAGGAGGAACGAAAGAAUGAUUGCUUGACCACAUCAUCAUCUGCAGAAAGUAACUCGGUUUCAUCAAGUGACCUUACAAACAAUAACUUCCCAUUGAAAGAGCGAAAUUUUUUACCAAAAACACGUGAAAGUACCAGUUUUGACACAAGAGAGCCCUGGGACAGUGGCAAAGAAAACUUUAAAUCCCAGAACGCCGAAGAUAACACAAUACAGUGCAACGAAGUGUCUUCUAGUAACAUCGAAGUUGAGAGUUCAUGUUUAGAUGAGGAAGAACGUGAUGCUCAACUACGGAAUGGAAAACACAAUUUGCGAAGUGGUAAGAAAGCAAAUAACGACGUUUCAGUUAGUGGCAGGGCCAAAAAUGGCGAAGGAGAAAAUAAAAAUAAGGGUGUAAAAAGAAAAUUGGAUCAAGGUCAAAACACUCCACAGCAACCAAGAAAAAGCAUGAGAAUAGACAGCAAUCAAAAAAAGACAGGAGAAACGGUAGAAAAGGUACGUAGGGCAUUUGAAGCUGAGGAAAAACUGAAAAAAUUGGCUGAAAAGGCCGAUUUGGCAAAGCGGAAGAGUGCAGAUAUAAUUAUGGCUCAAAGUUCCAUUCCAAAAAAUAAAAAUACAGAGGUGAAAAAGAAGAAUGUUGUUCUAAAUAAACCGAUUGCAAAGAAGAAAAUUAAAUUGGUUAUGGAAAAAGUAAAGAGAGUACAAAAUGCAGUGUUGCUAAGGACCAAGACUGUAAAACCGCAAAAAAGUGAGAAUUCUGUUAAGAAAUUAAAAAUGGUAGCAAAAAAAGCAACUUUCCAAAGGCAUUCUAAGAAGAAUGCAUCUCAACGCCAAAGAAAUGUAACUGUUGUGGCCAGCAUCUUGGCCAGUCACAAGAAAUCUGUAUUAAAAGUGAAGCCAAAGGUUAAUAUGAAGAAGGUCGGAGGAGAACUAACAGAAAAGGUUGUGGAGAGAAUGAGUAAUUCAAAUGAACCGCCGGUCAGUUUGAGGCAGAGUUUUAGGAAUAGUCCUAAUAAAUCAACAGAUGUCGUGAAUACGUCGCGAUCUCAACGGGACAAAACCACUGCAGCAGCCAAAUCGCAAACUAAAUCAUCCCUAAAAAAGAGACUUCACCAAAAAGCGGAAAGUCUAAAACAAAACGUGAUGAGGAAAAAGACCCUCGCGAGCAAACAAUCUUUUUAAGUCCAUUAUUAUGAUUCACGGUUUUUAAAUAUGAAAAUAUUUUUAGUUGUAUUUCGCAACAAAUUUGUGCCUUUGUUACCAAAAAUAUUGAAAAAUGUUACAUAUUAUGUACACAUAGGCAAAAGAAAUAUAUUUAUAAGAAAUUUAUUAUUUUCUCAAAAUAAAGUUUAUAGUUAACUUAUUUUUUUUUUUACAAAACGCUUACCAAUAAUGUCAAACAAGUUGCUGGCUUUUUCUCUUUCUCUAACGUUUUUCUUUAUCCUCUGUUCAAAAGGAUAAGUGAUAUCUUUGAUAUCCUUUAUAAAUAAGAGAUAGUCUUAGAUUUAUUUUUUUAAUAAGAUUACAAUUUGGUAUAAAAAUGAUACAUACAAAAAAAAUCGAAAUUUUGUCAUGAUAUAAACUUUUUAGGCAGUAAAUUCGUUUUAAGUCUAAUCAACCAGUAGAUAAGUACUUCCUUACAACCUUAAUAAUUAUAGAUGAUAGUUUAUGUGUAGAUAAAAAUUAUAUCUUCAUCAGUUCCAUAACUUUUGCGCGCCAGAUCAAACAUCUCCAUGGGCAUUGUACACACAU